ACAAGGUACAAGACCAAGACAUGCCAUGUCCGUCCGUCCGAUUUUUAGAUAGGCUAUCUCAUUUUGGCCUAGUCAUUUAUAUUUAUUUAAUUCCGUUUUCUUAAUCUUAUGAUGUACUGAACACCACCCACAAGAAAUGGAUAAAUCAAGUUUGACCACUCCAAAACCUCUACCUAAGAAGAAGUUUUACAGGCAAAGAGCUCAUUCCAAUCCUAUAGCAGAUCAUUGUUUUGACUAUCCAGCUACUCCAGAUGACAUGGAUUGGUCAACAUUGUACCCACAUUUCUUCCAUUCAGAUGACAAAGAGAACAACCAAGUCAAGAGAGUUGAAUUUGCUGACAUUGGCUGUGGCUACGGUGGACUCCUCGUGACUCUAUCCCUUAUGUUCCCUGAGACACUGAUGUUAGGGAUGGAGAUCCGUGUCAAAGUUUCUGACUAUGUGAUGGAUCGUAUUGAAGCACUCCGCUCCCAGAACCCUGGCCAGUAUCAGAACAUAGCCUGCAUUAGAACAAACGCCAUGAAGUAUCUUCCAAACUACUUCUACAAAGGACAGUUAAAGAAGAUGUUUUUCCUUUACCCGGAUCCACAUUUCAAGAGAGCUAAGCACAAGUGGCGGAUUAUUAACACUCCUUUACUAGCAGAAUAUGCUUAUGUUUUAGCAGAAGGAGGGAGGUUGUACACAGUGACAGAUGUGCCCGACCUUCAUCAAUGGAACGUCAAACAUCUGCGAGAACAUCCUUUGUUUUCUGAGCUUUCACAAAAACAACUUGAUGAAGACCCCGUGGUGUCUAAACUGCUGGAUAGCUCUGAAGAAGGCAAGAAGGUUUCUAGGAACUACGGAGUAAAAUUUUUAGCAGCCUUUGAGAGAAUUCCAGAUCCAAACAUAAGGCGAGAAAAGAUUUUGAAAAUUGUUGAACUUUUGAAGAGAAGGGUUUGGGCAUUAGAAAACAGUUUUGACUUGGGAAAGUGAUGACCUCCCAAUAAAGGACCACUUUGACGUCCUCCCUGGGCUCAAGGACAGUGAAAUAGCACAUAUGUCAAGAAAAGAAGACGGAUCAAGAUAGCAUUUACCAAUUACCAACUAGCAAAAUAUUCUAAAAGAGGAAUCACUGAUGUUUCCUCAAAUUAGGGGGAGACAAGCACAUUUAUAUUUCAUAAUACGGUACUAAAAAGAAGCUUAAACUUGGAUCCUAUAUUAUACAGUUUUAUAUCA